GGUUGAAUCAGAGAACGUAUAUUAUAUGAUAUAUAUAUAUUAUAUGAUAUAUAUACGUUCUCUGCUGACAGCCCGAAAACAGCUGUUGACGUUAUUAGAUGAAUUUGUUUAUUUUCAUUUGCAGCUGAAAUGAUAAUUUUGUUAUCACAAUAAGUACACAGUUAUAUGUCGUGAUAAGAGCUCAUCACCAUCCACAUAAAUGUUGUUGUUGUUGUCAGCAUCCAGUAAUUACUAGAAAUUAUGUCAGCAAAAUUGCAACACAUACAGAAUCUACGACAGAUCUUCCAAUGUUCGGUGGAAGCUGUGCGACCAGCGCAAUUGCUAAGUGAGGCUAAUCAAUAUGCGUUGCGGCCGCAGGUGAGCGCAGAUGGACGCCGCUUGAGCAUACAAAUACAGGGUAAAACUUUGGAUAUAACACGUAAACACUGUCAUGUUGUUGGUUUUGGUAAGGCUGUGCUUGGCAUGGCAGUGCAAUUGGAAAAAUCGGUGCAAAAACGCUUGGUCAGUGGCGUGCUGAGCAUACCGCAGGGUACAAGUGAGCGUUUUCAUGAUGUGCCCGAAAUGCAGUUAUCAGCAGGUACCGUUAUAGAUGUUAUCGAGGGCGCACCAAACAAUCAGCCAGAUGAGCAGGCAUUCGAGGCGGCAAAGCGCAUAAAAGCUCUAGCUGCGAGUAUGACAGAAAACGAUAUACUCUUUGUGCUGAUAUCCGGUGGUGGAUCUGCGCUGCUACCAUUACCGCGACCGCCACUAACGCUGUCAGAGAAGAUGCAACUGGUGCGGCGCUUAGCCAAUUGUGGUGCCAGCAUUGAUGAGAUGAAUGUUGUGCGUAUUGCUUUGUCCGAUAUCAAAGGUGGACGUUUGGCGGCUGCUGCACGCAAAGCUUUUGCAGUUAUUUCGUUUGUCAUCAGCGACGUUGUAGGCGAUCCGGUCGAUAUAAUAGCUAGCGGACCAACGUGUGCGGUAAUAUCAAAGCGUUCAACCGCAAAGGAAAUAUUGGAAAAGUAUGCAUUAUUUGCCGAUUUGCCUGAGCAUAUACGACAAUUAGUGGAAGUGUCGGAGACAAAAGCAUCAUUGACACCGGCGCUCAACAACUCUGUUUACGUGGUGGGCGACAAUCGUGUUGCUACUGCGCAAGCUGUGCAGGAGGCGCUCAGCUGUGGUUACAAUCCAUUUAUUGCCAGCACAACGUUAGAGGGUGAAGUGCAGCAGCUGGUAACCAAAUAUCAAGACUUCUUGCAAAGCAUUUGCGAUUUUCGUAAGGGUAAACUGGAUGAAAACGAUUUGAAAAGUCGGUUUCCAUUCGAUUCACGCAUCUUCCAGCAUUUCUUAAAAACACUGCUCAUGUGUGAGCGCACACAGAAGCCACUGCUACUGAUUUUGGCCGGUGAACCGACUGUUAAGGUCACCGGUUCCGGUUUGGGUGGCCGCAACCAGGAGUUGGCACUACGUAUGGCCAUCACUUCAUAUGAGAAUGCGGAUUUCAAUAAUGUUAUCUUUCUCUCUGCCGGUACAGAUGGCAUUGAUGGUCCAACGCCGGCAGCUGGCGCUAUCGGUUGUGAUUUAGUGAUAAGCGAUUUUUUGUCGAACAAUGCGCAUAAUCUGAGCGUUGUGGAAUCUGUCUUGCAGCGCAAUGAUUCGUAUAAUUUUUAUAAAAACCUGAAAGCUGGUGAAUAUCAUGUGCUAACCGGGCACACCGGCACCAACGUGAUGGAUCUUCAAUUGUUGCUAAUCGUGUAGCUUUAUUUUAAGGGUGGACAAGUUUGUUUAAAGAAAACUAUGUUAAUAUAUCGUAAAAUUGCAAUGAUAUCAAGAAAAUUUG